UCAUAAGGUGCAGGUAUUCACUAUCAGUGAGUGUUAGUGACAAUAAUAGAAGGGGAACUGGUCAGGACACACCCAAAGGGGGGCAUACCAUAGGCCCAGCUGUUUGCAGUAGCAGUUCAUCCUCAGAUGGGUGCUUGUUGUUUGUUUUGUUGCCUCCAUAGAUGCUGAUUUACCUUGGUGACAACAGUGAUUUACAUUUCUCUCUCCCCCCCUCUCUCUCUCAUCCAGUGUGUGUGUGUGUGUGUGUGUGUGUGUGUGUGUGUGUUUGUGUGUGUGUAUGUGUUUGUCAGGAGGGUAAUGGUUUCAGGUUUGACUACAUAGCUGUAUUUCCGGAGUACACAACACACAUGGAGAAGAAUGCCUACCUUUGGAAUGCUCUCAUGUUGCUGUUGUGUCCAUCAGUCCUCUGUUUGUAUUCCACUUCCCCUUCUUCUCCUCCACCCAUCACCCAGCUAUGUCGGGAGACACUCUGCAGCGUCUCACCACCUUGACCCUAAGCAUCAAACACCUCAGCCGCCUGCCCCACUUCUCAGACCUCAUUCCUCCCUGCCUUCCGUCACCCAGCCCCACUGUCGCUGCCUCCCAGGUCCCUAUUCUGUUCCGAGAGCCCUACAUCCUGUCGGGCUACCGUCCUGUCCAGCAGCACUGGCACUUCUACCUCCUCAGCCUCUUUCAAAGACAUAAUGAAUCCUUAAACGUGUGGACCCACUUGUUGGCAGGUCCUGUGCUGCUGCUCCGCUGGUGGGCCAACAUAGGUGCCCUGGGGUACACCUUGGACACAGCCUCUCUACCUCUGAGCCUCUUCCUGGUGUCCUCCCUCACCUAUCUGUUCUUUAGUGUGGUAGCUCACCUCUUGCAGUCUCACUCUGAACAUGCACACUACUUCUUCUUCUUCAUUGACUAUGUUGGUGUAGCUGUGUAUCAGUAUGGUUGCUCACUUGGCCAUUAUUUCUACACGUCAGAGGCAGCAUGGAGAGAAAGCUGCAUCGGGCUCCUGUUCCUACCUGGAGCUGCCUUCUUCGGGUGGCUCUCCUGUGCAGGCUGCUGUUUUGCUAAGGCCAGGUAUCGGCGGCCAUAUCCAAUACGGCGUAAAAUCUGUCAACUGAUCCCUACCACCCUAGCAUACAUACUGGGCAUCAGCCCAGUAGUCCAUCGCCUGUUCACUGUCUCCUGGACACAGGAUCCCUCACUCUCCUUCCAUGCUCUCCAGAUUGCCUCUUUCCUUCUGUCCGCCCUGUUCUUCUCCUGUCCCAUCCCUGAGCGCUUCUUCCCUGGCCGCUGUGACUUUUUGGGUCAGGGUCACCAGAUCUUCCACCUGUUUCUGUCCCUGUGCACCGUGUUCCAGCUGGAGGCUCUGUUCCAGGACUAUGCCAGGCAGAGAGAUACAGUGAUGGAGUUAUUUGGAGAGAGGCAGCUGUGGUGGGCUUGUGUAUCCUUCCCCGCCCUGUUCUUGUGUUGCAUCCUGACGGCACUCAUUACAAUGAAGUACAUCACAAAGCAACUGCAGGGUAAACAAGAAAAAGACAAGUGACGAGUUUGUUAAUGUGUGUGUCUGAGAGACAAAGAUAGAAAGGGGUUGGGUUUAAAUGUACCUAACAGAAAUAUUAAUAACAAUGAUAAUAAUAAUAAAAAAAGCCAUAUUUGCAUUUUUUGUUUACCUAUCAGUUUGUCUGUGAAAAAUGUGAUUGCGUAAAGUAUUCCAACAAUAAAAAUGUCAAAGAACUUCUUGUCUGAUACAAUUAACAAGUCAUCUGACAUUUCCAGAGGGUUAAGUCACUGAUUCAACGCAGAAAUAGUUGGCUCAGUGGACUCCAUACUUUGCUAACUAUGGCUCAGUAAAGUUUUCCACAGUGAAUCAUCCUUCCUUUUAAUUGCUGCUGAUGAUGGUUCUGAGGACAAUACUAAUAAAGGACAUUGGUCUCAAACAUGUAAUUCUAUCGGUCAUUUUAGGAAAUAUCAGAAUUAUCAACACAUACAUUGUAAAUAACUGUAGAGAAGUUGCAUUUUCAAGCUCUGUUUACCUAAUCGUAUACAGAAAAAAGCAACUGCGUAUUCAAAAUUAGCUAACUAGUUUUAGACAUACUGCUACUCCAGACGUACGUUGCCAGCUUUAGCUCUCAGAGGUAAAUAGCAGUGUCAGCAUUAAAAUACGGAGUGAAAGAGCAAAUCUGGAUUAUGGAGUUCAUUGGCGGAUUAUGAGACAAUGGGCCCCUGGGCACAGAUAUGCAAAAGGCCCCAUCACCUCUCCUACAAAGCAGCAAGGCACACAGACUUGUGUCAGUUUGUGUCUCUUUGUAGUCAUGUCAUGCCUCUUUGAUGUCAUUUCAUGCUUCUUUGAGGUCAUUUUGUGUCUCAGUGGUUGUUUUGUUUCUCUUUAUAGUCAUUUAGUGUCUCUUUAAGGUCAUUUUAUGUGUCCUUAUAGUCAUUUUCUGUUUGCUUGAAGUCAUUUUGUGUCUCUUUGGGGUCAUUUUGUGUCUUGUUGAGGGCAUUUUGUUUCUUUUUGAAGUCAUUUUGUGCCUCUUUGGGGUAAUUUUGUGUCUGUGAAAUCAUUUUGUUUCUAUGUAGUCAUGUUAUGUCUCUUUGAAGUCAUUUAGUCUCUUUGUGGUUGUUUUGUGUCUCUUUGAAGUCAUUUUUUGCCUCUUUGGGGUGAUUUUGUGUCUCUGUGAAACCAUUUUCUGUCUGUGCAGUCAUUUUGUUUUUCUUUGUGGUUUUUUUGUUUAUCUUUGUAGUCAUCUUGUGCUUCCUUGAGGUCAUGUUGUGUCUCUUUGAGAUCAUUUUGUGUCUAUUUGAGGUCAUUGAAUUUGUGUCUGUUUUAGGUCAUUAUGUGUCUCUUUGGGGUCAUUUUGUGUUUCUUUGUAGUCAUUUUGUGACAAACUUGAGGCCCCUAGGCCUGUGCCUGGUGGGCCCGUUCAGUAAUCUGUCCAUGUGUUCAUCGAAGUGGCCCAGCCAGAUAGUGGGAUUUGGGUGAACAAAGAGGCUAGUUUAACACUAAGGCAGGGGGAAAGAGCGCAUGGACACAAGCUGGCAGGAGGGUCUCCACGUGGUCAAAAUCCCUCAGCAGAUCCAGUUAUAGAAAAAUGUGUGUGUGUGUGUGUGUGUGUGUGUGUGUGCCUGUCUGCAUGUGUAGGAAAAGAUGACAGAAGACAACACUGACCCACAGGGGCAAAAGGCAGCACCUGCAUGGUUUUUCAUAUAUUUCUUUGCUCAAUCCAAUGGUCUCUACAACCCUUAAGAUGUGGUGAAAAGCAAAAAAAAAAAAAAAGAAAGAAAGAAGUGGGAGCAGAUGAAAGACUGGCUUACCUCAGCAUAAUGAGCAGCAUAAUGUAGCAAGUCCAUAUGGAGAGCAUGAGACAACAAAAACAGAAACCAAAGCAAAGUGGAAAAAGUUGCAAAUCCUUGGAAAAUGCUGAAUAUUUAGAGCUAGCUAUUUAAAAAAUCAAGGGUCUUUUGAUGCUAAUGUUAAACACAAAAAUAUGUUGUUGACCCUGUUUGUCCACAUGGAGGAAACAAGGCUGUUGUCAGUGUGUCUCUGUGGUUUUGCCUGUUCUUUGUUAGUUGCUAAAUAUUGUAUUGCAGUCAUGUUAAGCAGGUAGCCACACCUUUUGUUUCUAAUAUGUAGAAUGAAUUCCCUCAGGAUGAGUUUCAGGAUGGCCCAAUAUCAGUGUCAGUGUGAGUCAGAGCUCAGGAGUCUUUUUUUAAAGCGAUAGUUUUCACAGAUACAUUUAGGUAAAUGUUACUCUUUGCUUUCUUGAUGAAGGUUAAAGUUACAGUUGAUAACUUUUAUGAAAAUAACCUUCUUGCUGAUAUUGUCACUGUAUCCUUACAGCAGUGCACAAGAGAGAUAAUCUGUAAAGACAGAAAUUCAUGUCCCUCCUCCUACUCCUACACAUCGUGUGAAAACCAAGCACCACCCACCAGCCAGAGCAAACUUUCUCAUUUUACAGUUAAACAGUACAAAAAUAUGUUUCUGAAAACAUCUAAGGAGAGAAAUAGUCAGUGCAGUAACAGAAUCUUGAUUAAUAUUUGAUCAGCACUGCCUAGUUUUUUAAAGUGAUUGACAUGAUUGACAGCUGCGUUGGAGACUCCUCAGCUUGAUUGGUUGUUUUCAUUCACGUG